AAAUAAUUCAUGAAAAAUGAAGAAAAAAAUUUGGACAAGAAAAGGGUGUAGAGUGUCAAAUUGUCACUCCCUAGUCUCACUGGUAUAAAUAAUGCAGUGCUUUACUCUCUCAUCAGUGUAUCCUCCCUCUACCGGCCAAACAACACCCUCUCCCAAACAUGGCAUCAAGGUUCAACAUCCACCCUACCUCCGUCCUUUCUCCGGCCGCCGCCGCCGCUUCGCCCCUUGCAGCUGAGGAGGCUGAGCUAGAGGGCAGUGGUGAUGUAAAGAAUCGCAAUCUUUCCCCAGCCAAGUACGCUUCCUUUUUGAGUUCAGACGGGAGCAUUGCAGUUCACGGGGGGGAAAGAAUGGGGCGAGGUAUUGUGACUGAUGGAAUAACCACUCCAGUUGUUAACACAUCUGCUUAUUUCUUCAACAGCACAUCUGAACUAAUUGAUUCCAAAGAGAACAGACGAGCGAGUUUUGAAUACGGGCGAUUGGGAAACCCAACCACUGCAGUUGCGGAAGAGAAGCUGAGCGCGCUGGAAGGGGCAGAAUCGACAUUGUUAGUGUCCUCUGGAAUGGCUGCCAGUACCUUAAUGAUUAUGGCAUUGGUCCCUGCCGGUGGGCAUAUUGUCACCACCACCGAUUGCUAUGUGCAGAUUAGGAUCUUCAUCAAGACAAUACUUCCUAAAAUGGGCAUCACCGCCACUGUAAUUGACCCUGCUGAUAUGGAAGGUUUGGAGUCUGCAUUGAAUAGACACAAAGUGAGCCUUUAUUUCUCAGAGUCUCCAUCAAACCCAUUGCUAAGAUGUGUUGACAUUGAGGCUGUUUCCAAGCUUUGCCACGAAAAGGGCGCAUUGGUUUGUAUAGACGGAACAUUGUCCACUCCCAUCAACCAAAAGGCCUUAGCUCUCGGGGCUGACCUCGUCCUGCAAUCCGCCACCAAAUACCUCGGCGGGCAUAAUGAUGUUCUGGCUGGAUGCAUCAGUGGACCUAAAAAGUUGAUUUGCCUAAUUCAUGACCUGCAUAUAACAAUGGGUGGUGUUCUUGACCCAAAUGCCGCCUAUCUUAUCAUUAGAGGGAUGAAAACGCUGCACCUUCGAGUUCAGCAACAAAACGCAACGGCAUUGAAGAUGGCUGAAAUUUUGGAGGCCCAUCCAAAGGUGAGGCGUGUGCAUUACCCGGGGCUGCCAAGUCAUCCAGAUCAUCAUAUUGUCAAGAGACAGAUGAGUGGCUUUGGCGGUGUGGUCAGUUUUGAGAUUGAUGGAGACCUGAAGAGAACUGCAAAAUUUGUGGAUGCUCUGAAGAUUGCAUACAAUGCCCCAUCGUUUGGUGGCGUUGAGAGCAUUGUGGACCAGCCUGCUAUUAUGACUUAUUGGGAUCUUACCCCGUCAGAAAGGGCCAAACUCGGGAUAAUGGACAGCUUGGUUAGGUUCAGCUUUGGGGUGGAGGGCUUUGAAGACUUGAAGGCUGACGUUCUUCAGGCCCUAGAGACCAUAUAGCCAAACGCGGCAUAUAUAUAUGUCUGGAGUCUAAACACUGCACGCUUUCGCUCCCUCUUCGUGCUAUUCUAGCUGGUGUGGUUGUUUCGUUUCUUUUUUAAAAAUUGUUAUACUUCAAUAAAUUGUCCAGUUGCGCGACAUGACAUAUGCACAAUUGAAGCUUAGAGAUGGUGGCAUGUCAAUCUCAUCUCUUUCUAAGAGUUUGAUUCGUACGUAGACCGUGUGUUUGGUCUAUGUCGAGUCAGAAUAAUACUGGUACAUGUUUUUUGUAACAGCAGAAAUGCAAUAGCUUUCAAUGCAUAUUGCUUCAAGCUUCAAAAGCU